UCCAUGGUGGUCAUUUAAAGAUGGCGGAGUGCCUCGCAGCACGCUUGUCCAGCCAGGAGGAGCAGGUACGGCUCCUCAGCAAGGAGAUCUUCAACCUCCGGGAUGGGCUGAGCCGAGGUGUGGAUGCAGCCGGGGUCUCUGCGGGGGUUUCCCCGGAGCUGGACAGCCUGAGGACCGAGAACGAGAAGCUCCAGUACCGGCUGCUGCACCUCCGGAGGGGUCUGCAGGCAGAGCUGGAGCUGGAGGUGGAGGGGGGUGGGGAGGUGGAGAAGAAACAACAACAGGUGAAAUGUGGCAAAGCUCUGGAGAAAAACACCAGCAGAGAACAGCAGCCAAACAACCGAGCUGAUAGAAAGGUGCAGGGGGAGAACCCGGAUACCAAACCAGCUGACAAGAACAAGAACAAGAAGGAGAAAAAGCAGGAUAAGGGACAAGGAAACGGAGCCGUGAAGGAGCAGAAGUCGUUGCCUGGAUACGUAGCCGAGCGCCUCAGCCUCUAUGAGGAGCUGAAGAGGGAGAGCGACGCCCUGCUGGCAAAGAGAGCUGCGGCCAGCAAGCCCAUCACCGUGGAGCUGCCGGACGGACAGAAGGUGGUGGGCAAAGCGUGGGUCACCACACCGUACCAGUUGGCUUGUGACAUCAGCCAGGGCCUGGCCGACAACGCUGUGAUUUCCCGGGUUAACGGAGAGCUCUGGGACCUGGACAGACCCCUCGAGCAGGACUGCUCCCUAGAGAUCUUGCGCUUUGACAAUGACGAUGCUCAGGCUGUGUAUUGGCACUCCAGUGCUCACAUCCUGGGGGAGGCAAUGGAGCACUUUUAUGGCGGUUGUUUGUGUUAUGGACCCCCCAUUGAGAACGGCUUCUACUAUGACAUGUUCCUGGAUGGACAGAAAGGGGUAUCCAGCACUGAGUUCGGGGACCUGGAGACUCUGUGUAAGGCCGUUGUGAAGGAAAAACAGCCCUUUGAGAGGCUGGAAAUCAGCAAGGAGACCCUGUUGAAAAUGUUUAAGUACAACAAAUUCAAGUGCCGCAUCCUGAAUGAGAAAGUCAGCACCCCCACCACAACAGUCUACAGAUGUGGACCCUUGAUCGACUUGUGCAGAGGGCCCCAUGUCAGGCAUACCGGCAAGAUCAAGGCCAUGAAGAUCUACAAGAACUCUUCCACCUACUGGGAGGGCCGCUCCGACAUGGAGACUCUACAGAGGAUCUAUGGGAUCUCCUUCCCCGACUCAAAGAUGCUGAAGGAGUGGGAACGUUUUCAAGAGGAGGCCAAGAACAGAGACCAUCGCAAGAUUGGCAAAGAUCAGGAGCUGUUCUUCUUCCAUGACCUCAGCCCUGGCAGUUGUUUCUUCCUGCCACGAGGAGCCCACAUCUACAACACGCUCACCGAGUUCAUCAGGGACGAGUAUUGGAGGAGAGGCUUUCAGGAAGUAGCCUCUCCAAACAUUUAUAACAGCAAACUGUGGGAGACAUCGGGCCACUGGCAACACUACAGCGAGAACAUCUUCUCCUUCCCCGUGGAGGACGACAUCUUUGCGCUCAAGCCCAUGAACUGCCCCGGCCACUGCCUGAUGUUCAGUCACCGGCCUCGCUCGUGGAGGGAGCUUCCCUUGAGGCUGGCGGAUUUCGGGGUCCUCCACAGAAAUGAGCUGUCCGGAACGCUGACCGGGCUGACCAGAGUGCGGCGUUUCCAGCAGGACGACGCUCACAUUUUCUGCAUGAUGGACCAGAUCGGGUCAGAGAUGAAGGGCUGCCUUGACUUCCUCCGCUGCGUCUACGAUGUGUUCGGGUUCUCCUUCCAGCUUCACCUCUCAACUCGUCCGGAGAAGUAUCUGGGCGACAUCGCUGUGUGGAACCGGGCCGAAAAGCAACUGGAGAACAGCCUGAAUGAGUUUGGGGAGCCAUGGAAACUAAACCCUGGAGACGGGGCUUUUUACGGACCCAAGAUCGACAUCCAGAUCAAAGACGCAAUCGGGCGUUACCACCAGUGCGCGACCAUUCAGCUGGACUUCCAGCUGCCGGUCCGCUUCGACCUGACCUUUGUGGGGAAGGAUGGGGAUGACAAAGCGCGACCAGUCAUCAUCCAUCGCGCCAUCUUGGGCUCCGUGGAGAGGAUGAUCGCCAUUCUCACAGAGAACUAUGCGGGGAAAUGGCCUCUGUGGCUCUCUCCCCGUCAGGUGAUGUUAGUGCCCGUCAACCCGUCCUGUGAGGAUUACGCCAAGAAGGUGUGUAAGCAGUUUACAGAGGCUGGUUUCAUGGCAGACGCUGACUUAGACUCCAGCUGUCUUCUCAACAAGAAAAUCCGUAACGCACAGUUGGCCCAAUAUAACUUCAUUCUUGUGGUCGGGGAGAAGGAGAAGAUGACUAACGGCGUCAACGUGCGCACCCGGGACAACAAAGUCCACGGAGAGAUGUCGGCUGCCGAGGUGCUGGCUCGCCUGACCCUGCUCAAACAAUGCCGCUGUCCAAACGCAGAGGAGGAGUUCUGAACAAGACAGAAAAGGACGGCUCGGACAGACUACCUCAACUACAGUCAGAUGAGCAGUAAAGGGACAAGUGAUGGCACAUGUAAAGCUGGUACAGGGAAAGUGUAGAGCAGAAAUCACAGACGGAGAAACUGAUGAGCUGAAUGUGAUAAAUGGUGCUUCAAAACAGCCUUGAAAUGAUCACGUAAAAAGGAUGGAAGAGGACAAGUUUGUGUACGUGGUGUGGGUAUUGAGUCAUGUCAAAGUAAAUAAGGUCAAUCUGAAGGGAAGUUACUUUAUAAUUUAAGAAAACAAUGUGAUCAUAAUGAAGGUAAUGUGAAUUUGGCACUGCUUUUUCACAAAUAAAUAAAAUGAAUC